CGGGGGGGGCGGGCUGCAAGCGGAAUCUCAGCGAUCCUCAGUUCCUACCGCAUCGCCUGCCUGUCGCCAUGGCUGCCUACAAGCUGGUGCUGAUCCGGCAUGGCGAGAGCGCCUGGAACCUGGAGAACCGCUUCAGCGGCUGGUACGACGCCGACCUGAGCCCGGCGGGCCACGAGGAGGCGAAGCGCGGAGGACAGGCGUUGCGAGAUGCUGGCUAUGAAUUUGACAUCUGCUUCACCUCCGUGCAGAAGAGAGCAAUCAGAACCCUCUGGACAGUCCUGGAUGCCAUUGACCAGAUGUGGCUGCCAGUGGUCAGGACCUGGCGCCUCAAUGAGCGACACUACGGGGGUCUGACUGGUCUGAACAAAGCAGAAACUGCCGCCAAGCACGGCGAGGCACAGGUGAAGAUCUGGAGGCGAUCUUACGACGUCCCACCGCCCCCGAUGGAGCCGGGUCACCCCUUCUACAGCAAUAUCAGCAAGGAUCGCAGGUAUGCAGACCUUACUGAGGACCAGCUACCUUCCUGUGAGAGCCUGAAGGACACUAUUGCCAGAGCACUUCCCUUCUGGAAUGAAGAAAUUGUCCCCCAGAUCAAGGAGGGGAAAAGGGUCUUGAUUGCUGCCCACGGCAACAGCCUUCGGGGCAUCGUCAAGCAUCUGGAGGGUCUCUCGGAAGAGGCCAUCAUGGAGCUGAACCUGCCGACCGGCAUCCCCAUCGUCUAUGAGCUGGACAAGAACCUGAAGCCCGUCAAGCCCAUGCAGUUCCUGGGAGACGAGGAGACCGUGCGCAAAGCCAUGGAAGCUGUGGCCGCUCAGGGCAAGGUCAAGAAGUGAGGAUGAGCAGGCAGACUCCUCCCCCACGAGCACCCUCCCUGCCUGCUCCUGCCCCCUGCACCUUCCCCAACACCUGUUGUACUGACUACGUCUUUAGGAUCUUAAGUUUAACUUGUAAUUGCAGAUGGGACCCGUGGCUCCCAUUUUCAUUUUAGUAUUUUAUCCCCCGCACCCACUCCCUCCAUAGAAUC